UCUUUUUUUUUGUCCUUGCCUAUCCUUAAACUUAUUUCUUUUGUGUUUGCAUAUCAUCAAAGCAAAUCAGAUCGACUCUGAUAACCUGACUUUGUUUCUUUUGUUUGACACAGACAGACACAGACACCACUCCCUGCUCCCUGGGCUUGCCUUAAGAGUCCUUCUUCGCAUACGUGCUGUUUACAGCAUUCAGACAUCUUUCCACCAAAUUGCCCUGUGUUUACUACAGACUGGAGGUUUUACCUGGAAGCGUCGGGGGAACCAGUGGUGUUUGUUUUUAGGAGCUGUCAGGAAUUUCUUCCCAGGGCACUUUCUCAUCCUGACGCUUGCGGUUCCGCCUUCUUCUUUCUCUUCGGUGUGACUUACAACGUUAACGUGAGCUAGCAGCAUAGCUACCAUCAGCAGCUAACGUUACUGUCAGAGACGAAGACCUCUGUAAGAAGCUGCCCGGAGUUAUUGACAACACAGAGGCUCUGGAGUGGAGCAUCCGGGCCCACCAGUUAAGCAAAAGAAAGUAUUACCGUUUUUUCCCGACGGAACAGUUUUGGAGACUACAGUGAAGUCCAGACUGGCAAGGAGAGAAGCUGAGGGGGAAGCAUGGCCACUGACCAGGAGCCCACGUUCACAGUCAAGCUGCUGCAGCUGCUGCUGCUCUCCACCUACUGGGGAAUGCAGAUCUGGGUCACUUUCAUUUCAACCUUUUCAUGGUCACCGAUCUGCCCCCAUCCAGACCCUGACAUGCUUUUGUUGUGGCUCAGUCACUAAAGUUACACAGUAAUGAAAGGCUUUGUGAUGGACAACCACCUGAACAGACACACGUAUGGGUUUAUCCAGAGUCGUCUUGUCCCUUUCUACCUCCACUUGGGUUCAGCUUGUGCCUUCUUUAACCUCACCAUCUAUGCUGUGUAUCACCCCAGUGACAUGCUGGAUGACAGAGAAGCCUUUCAGAUCUUCAUCUUCUUUGUGUCUGUGACAGUUGCGGCUGUCAACGCCCAGUGGUUCGGCCAAAUGACAUCAGAGAUCAUGGCAGACAUGCACCUUAUUGAGCAGGCGUGCGGUUUGGGUCAGGAUAUCGGCCUGUCGUCGAAUCGCGAAGCUUAUGCCAAGCUGUGUGAGACGGAUGUCAAAUAUAGACACCUCAGCAGUCGCCUGUGGCGGUACAGACUGCUGUCCUCCCUCAGCAACCUCUGCUGCAUAGGCUGCAACUUCUACAGUCUCUGUUACAUGGCUGAGAACCUCGUCACACUGUAACUGACACACAGCAGCAGGACUGUUAAAUUGUUAAACUGUUAACCCCCCCCCCGUCACUCCCUUACAAAAUCUUUUUUUUUUGUAUUAAAGCAUUAAGUUAUAUAUUUAAUACGAAAAGUCUUUAUCUCUCUCUUUCUCUGUUUGAUUAGUUAUUAGUUAAAAAGUCUGGAAAGCCUUGUUGUUCUUGUGCCUUGGGGAAUAAUGAAAGGAUACAGCCACCAUGCUCAGAUUGAGGCUGCAUUUCUCUCCUAAAAGGUGUAGGGAGACAAAUCACUUUGUACAAUGAGUAAUGCCUCACCUUUCACCUAGUGUGGCUGAGGCUGGUGGUGGCCUUGAGAUUUCCCUUUACCGAUACCAUUACAAUAUGGGACCCUUCAGGAACCUAAAACAUAAGGGAUGUUUUUAAAAGCUUUGUACUUGCAGUAUCGGAGACGCCAUAGUAGAAAAUAGCCCAAUGCACUGCAUCUUUUUUAAUAUGUAAGUAACAGAAAGGCACAUUUAUUAAAGGGACUGCUCCUAUGCUGCUCAGUCCUGCUCUUCCUGUUUGGGUGGAGUUACGUGCUCACAGUGCACUGGCACAGGUUUGUCUGGCUUACCAUGUAGUAACUAAAGAGCACCUGUGGAGCUGUGCUUCACAUUUCAAAGUACAAGGUUGCACUAUCUUGUCCUGGCCACUUUUACUAUAUGGUAUACAAUCAGUACUGAUUUUAGACCAUCUAAAAAACACUUGCACCAGUGGUUUAUUUGGUAUAUUGGAAUAAGAAUUUAUUGGUAAACAUUUACAGUGUAUUGAUCUGUAAAUGAUACAGAUGUUUUUGUUUGUUUUUGAUGCAGAUUUGUUGUUAUGCAGUAGGUUGAUCUUGUGUUAUGAAUCUGUCCCCCAACAGGUAGACCCUUGCUAUCAUCAUUGUGUCCUCGAGGAAGACACUGUUGCUGUUGCAUUGACGAGCAUGAACCUAUGUUGGGGACAGGGAUCAGAAUGGUCAAUAGAAGGUUUGAUUGCAUGGCAUGUUUUUUGGGGGGAUGGUAUUAAGUAUUGUUUAGACUUGCUGAGAUGAUGUGGGUCUAUUUCGACUCAAUAUCUGUGAAGAUAGUUUGGAACCCUCCAGAAAUUUUGUUUCUGAACUUCCUGUGCGUCCCAGCACACUAACUUUUGUUUUACCAAGCAAGUGUGCUUUAGGAAAAAAACAGUAACCUUAGGGGCCUUUAUAGCAGUGUCUAAUCUGAGACCUGAAUGAGAUCUCUGCACUAAACCCUUUCACUAUUCAUCCCGGAAUGACCACCUCACAUGAAAUGUGUCAGUCAGACAUUGUGGCUGUUGGGAAAUAAUGCAGCAAUGAUAGGAAUGGGAGCCAAAUUAUUUUGUAUUGUACUCGCACUGGAGUUAUGUGCAGUGCAGUUCUCAGGUGUCAGUUUUUUUCUGUCAUAGUUUGAACAUCCUUGCAUCGUUUAGUGUCACAUAUCAAUCAGAGAGGAUUUGCGGUCAAUUAUACAUUAUGGUGUCUUUUUUUUGCACAUAUUGAAAUUGUUAAACCUCUCCACGCUAUGACGGUCCUUGUUGUAACAGCUUAGGUGAAACUCGUCUCUCUUCUGUUCUUCUACUUUCUGUUGUCCUGUGAUAUACAUGUUCAGUACACCAAAGUAACAUCUGUAACCACAGCAGAGACAGCUGAGUACAGAUUGUGACAAACUCUAUUCUUGUUUUUCUUGUAUUUGUCCAGACUGGACCGAUGAAGGUGCUUAUGUGCUAGUUACUGGCAAAGACAAUGCAAUAUUACUUGGUAGUUGUUUUAAAAUAUCCUCAUAACAUAUCCUCUUUUCUUUUUGUCAUAUCGCCUGUUGGCUCAGCCAGUUUAAAUUAAUAACAUUAAAAUGCAAGUCAUCUGGCAGUUUCAUGCAUAAACAUAUAAGUUGUAUUUGGAUGUGGCAUUUUAGAACACAUUUUUACAUUAAUUACUGAAUAUUUAUACCACGUUCUUAAUAUGUUUGAGAUUAUGGGUUGUAAUUGUUGGUGUGGCUUGUGAAAUACUGAAUGCAAGACCAGUGAGGUCCGAGGUCAUGAGCUGUUUAUGGUAGUGGGUUUGUAUCAAAGAUGUUAUAUGUAUGGUAUGUUUUUUUUUUUUUAUUAAAGAUUAUGAAAUUUUGA